AUGGCCGAGCUGGGAACCCAUGACUUGAAUGCAGUGACCUAUGAUGAUGUCCAUGUUGGCUUCACUUGGGAAGAGUGGACUUUGCUGGAUCCUGCCCAGAAGAAUCUCUACAAAGAUGUAAUGUUGGAGACCUACAGGAACCUCACUAUUAUAGGAUACAGUUGGAAAGACCAUAAUAUUGAAGAACUUUGUCAAAGUUCUAGAAGACAUGAAAGGCAUGAAAGGAGCCAAACUGGAGAGAAAUUUUCUGUAUAUACUCAAUAUAGUAAAGACUCUGCAUAUGAUAGUCAGUGUCAAAGGCAUAAAAGAUCACAUACUGGAGAGAAACCCUAUGAAGGCCCCAGUGAGAGCCUGAGCUGCAUGGGGCUGGUUGUGGUAGUGCAUGCUGGUAGGAUUUGCUGA